CUUCCACACCCGCGGAAACCGCUGCCGGCUCCACCCGCCCCCCGCGCUGCCGUCGCCUCUUCUUCCCCGCUUCUUCCAUCAUCCCUCGCCUCCCCGUCCUCUGGUCGGAGACCUAGUUCUCUUCAUCCCCGGCCCCUUGGCUCCUACCUCUUGCUCCCCUCCCCCUACUCCCGACCUUCCUCUUUUUCGCCGUAUAACCCCCCACUUUCUUUCUCCCACCUUUUAAGCUCUCUUUUCUAGGCCCCUCUCCUUUAUUCUAAAAAAAAAAAAAAAAUCCAGAAAGAAAGGAAAACAAAAACCCUAUUGCUGCAAAUGAGAAAUAAAGACAGGACAGACUCCAAAGUGAGAAUGGCUGUGACUUUGGAAGAAGCUCCGUGGCUGGGCUGGAUCUUGUUGAAAGCACUGCUGAGAUUUGCCUUCAUGGUCGCCAACAACCUGGUUGCUAUUCCAUCCUACAUCUGCUAUGUGAUUAUACUUCAGCCCCUGCGAGUGCUGGACAGUAAGCGGUUCUGGUAUAUUGAAGGAAUCAUGUAUAAAUGGCUUUUAGGAAUGGUGGCUUCCUGGGGAUGGUAUGCUGGCUAUACAGUGAUGGAAUGGGGUGAAGAUAUUAAAGCAAUUUCAAAAGAUGAAGCAAUGAUGCUGGUGAAUCAUCAGGCCACAGGAGACGUGUGCACACUGAUGAUGUGCCUGCAGGACAAAGGACUGGUUGUUGCUGAAAUGAUGUGGUUGAUGGAUCAUAUUUUUAAGUACACAAACUUUGGAAUUGUUUCUCUAAUUCAUGGAGACUUCUUUAUAAGACAGGGAAGAUCUUAUCGUGACCAACAGCUGCUACUUCUCAAGAAGCACUUAGAAAAUUAUUACAGAAGCAGAGGUCGAAAAUGGAUUGUUUUGUUUCCAGAAGGGGGCUUCCUCAGGAAGAGGCGAGAAACAAGUCAGGCAUUUGCCAAGAAAAAUAACUUGCCAUUUCUUACACAUGUCACUCUGCCAAGGUGUGGGGCAACAAAAAUUAUUCUGAGUACACUUGUAGCACGACAGGAAAAUGGAAGUCCCGCAGGAGGAGAUGCUAAACAAUUAGGCAGCAAAUCAAAGGGCCUCCAGUGGAUAAUAGAUACAACUAUAGCCUAUCCUAAAGCUGAACCUAUAGAUAUUCAAACCUGGAUUCUUGGAUACAGGAAACCAACAGUGACACAUGUACAUUACAGGAUCUUUCCAAUUAAAGAUGUACCCCUGGAGAUUGAUGACCUUACCAAUUGGCUCUAUCAACGGUUCAUUGAAAAAGAGGACCUCUUAUCACAUUUUUAUGAAACAGGAGCUUUUCCACCUUCCAAAGGCCAGAAGGAAGCCGUGUCCAGGGAGAUGACCCUCAGCAACAUGUGGAUAUUUCUCAUACAGUCUUUUGCAUUUUUGUCAGGCUAUAUGUGGUACAACAUCCUUCAGUAUUUUUACCAUUACCUGUUUUAGAAAUUGACUUGGACUUGUCAAGGUCACCAUAGGAGUUCAGACUUCCUUUCAUAAGUGUGCAUUAUUUUACAUGUGCAAAUCAGAAUAAGUAAAAAAAAAAAAAAAAAAAGCAAAGGAAAUUCAAUGGAUGGAUUAAUAUUUAUCCCCCUUUGGGAUAUUUUAAAAUUCUACUAAAGUGAGGCUUAGUAAUAUAAUGACCUGCUAAUAUAUUUUAAGAACUGUUCAUGUUUUAAAAAGAUACAUUCUACCGCGUAUUUACACAAGCAUCACAUUUGGAGAAGAGGAGAAAUCAUAAAAUCAUCCUAGAAGACCAUCUGAGAGAAAAUCUGUUGACACCAGAUAUACUUGCUAAUUUAGUUCAAGCUCAGAAAGUUGUAUUAGUCCCUCUUAGCUAGUAGUCUGCAUUAGGGCACUACUCUAGGACGCACCUCAUUUCUACCAACUCGUGCUGUUACUAGAAACCUUAAGGGGAGCUGGUUAGCGCCUUCUGAAGAACUGUUCCGUCAUUUGCAGUAACAAACUCCAGUCCUCAGCAACUAACAGAGGUACAUUGUUGGCAUUCUCUGUGGGGGAAAAGCAGUGUCCACUGAACCCACUCUGGUACUAGAAUGUGUUCUUUACAAAGGUUAGCUCAGUCCAACACUGUGUUUACAUGCACUAGUGCUUUUCCUUGUCUGAUUUCUCAUUUUAUGUAGAAGGCAUAUCAUAGACUGAUAAUUGUAUUUUACAAAAUGCACUUUUAUCAAAGGCAGAUAGAGCAAAGGAUUAGUGACACAGCCUGAAAACAAAUGUAGCAUAUCCAUGAGAGGCUGCCUUGUGUCUGGUGUUCACUUACCUGCCAGCAAAGCACCGCCCUGAGUGGUCACCCCUCCCACCCCCCCAUGUGAUGCCUCUAUUUGUAGCUUAGAGACUUGUUUGGGUUUUUUUUUUUUUUUUUUUUUUUUUUGUCAUUUUGACAUUUAUACUAAAUGCAUUUGGGGAUGGUCAAAACAAAUUGAUAUAAAACAUUUAAAUGAUCAAUUUAAGGGGAAAUAGUCUACUUUAUGAGAAAAAUGGGAGCUCGUGGCUUAUAAUGAUGACAGGUUCUCACAUGGCACUCCCAGAACCUGUGCAGUCAGUCAGUAGUCUGUUCUGUCAUCACAUGAGGAACCGCCCCUCUCAGGGUGAGGAUAAAGCCAAGUUUCGAGUUCUAGAAAACAUGUUUAAAAAUUUUUCACUAUGUUCACGUGAUUUACCUCACAGGAGAACCAUACUCUUCUCACAAAGUGCUGGUGCCGCGUCAGGGUUGGGAUAGAGUAUGAGUUUUGGUUUGGGAUGGUAAGACUAUUAAGAUCCUAGCAAGUCAGUGGUAGUUUCCUAUGAUAUGAGCAGCAUAGAUCCCCCUGUUGUCGCUAGUCACACAAAUAACGAUUCUGAGAAGUAGGCUAUAAAAAAGAAAGGCUUGAUGUUUUACUAUUUUAAAAUAAACCAAAAACACUGAAAAGAUGUGAACCUUCCCCCAGUUAUGUGGGAAACGUAAAGCAACACCAAAUAAAAGCCCACAGCAGCUUCAUCUUUAGAAUAACUCAGUGCAUAUGUGAAAGAGAAUGACGUGUUAACUGAAAUACCUCAUCGAAUAUUCUACUGCUACUGGUCAAAUGCAGAAGACAGUGUUAAUGUGUUUGGUUUGGUACUGGUUGUUAUGAAAGGUGAUUUCCUUGAAAUCUAAGCAUUUCAUUCUGUGUCCUGCAGUGACAGUGAACAAGUGAAACCAGUUUCGGUUUAGAGGUAUGGAUGAAGGUGGGAAGCCGCAGAGAAGCGUGACAGUGCUUCUGUGUGAGCCCCGCAAGCACUGCUGAGUUACACAAUGAACGAAACUGUUCAUUUGAGCGAUCAGCCAGCCAUCUGGGGGAGAGGGUGCUCGCUGUCAAGCGUAGCAUGCGCAGUCUCAGCUGAUAGACCUUUUCCUCAUUGCUAAAGCAAACCAUAGGGUAGAGUAGCCAGUUCUCCUAUCCAAAUAAAAAUGCAUACAUAAAUGUGGCUUAGGGCCACUUUGACAUCACUGUGCUCCAAAGGAACAUGACAUUGUUUAGUAUAUGUACAUGUUAAACAAACUGUCUUGUAAAAUGCUUUACUUUUCAAAUGCAGUCUCAUUUCCACAGUCUCCAGGGUGACAAAUACCAAUAGAUGUGUGAAUUAAUUUUUGAAAAUAGAUGUGUGUAUUGUAAAUAGAUGUUUAUUUGAUCUG